AUGGCAUCAGAUCGUGACUUGGGACCACGAAAUGCCGACUCUACUCAGUCCCAAGGCUUUCAGCGAAUGAAGCGAACUGAAAGCAGUAUUAGCUCUGAAAGUGUCUUAUCUCAGAGAUCUUCUGGAUCAGGAUCUGGUCAUGGUGUUGGCGUUACUGUUCCAAAGGAGACGUUAGCUCCUUUUAUUGGUGAAAGACGUACAAAGCAGAGUACUCCUCCGAAAAAAGAGCCCAAGAAGAAGGCCAUGACAGAACGAGAGAUGACGGAUGCUGCUGCAGGACUCCGUGCUCUUAGGAUCGGCACCAUUUCAACAGAGAUUGAAGGAUGGAUAACAAGUAAGUCUGCUGAAACCAUAGGAUCGGCACUAUGCCAACACGCCAUUGAGGGUGGAGGAGGUCGCUCGGUUGCGAAAAUCUGCGGAGUUCUACGAGAUUCUCCUUCGGCAUUCGCUCUGUAUAGGGGUUUGCUGUCCUCGGUUUCACAGUAUUUCGAAUGUCGAGACCGCCUUAGAGCUGAUCAUUUCCGAAUGUGGAUUUCUUUUCUUGCAUUUGUUGCUGAUUUGUAUGCAAAUGUCGGAGGAGGAAAAGAUGAGGUUUCUGACCAAAGUCUUAUAUUUUUGGUAACAUUUUCAGGAGAACUGGUGAAUUUCGUCUUUCAAGUGUUCGAUUACCUUCUGAGAGCGCCGAUUCUAGAAACGCUUAAAAUUGAAGAGUUAGAAUCUCUCAUUUCCGUGUUGCUUUCUGUUGGGUACGAUUUGGAACGGGAGUGUCCGGACCAGCUUUCUCUUCUCAAAGAUUUGAUCAGGGAUGCUUUCAUUGAUGUGUCUGAACCAUGGGCGCGUAAGAUGAUUCUUCUCCUGCUGGAAUUAGGAGCAAGUGGAUGGAAACUUCCCGCUGAAGCCAACGAGUACUACUUUCAGCAGACAACAAACUAG